CAGUGCAGGGAUAUAUGGUUCUUAAUUGAAUGCAUUUCUAUUUAUUUUUGUACAUAUAAUUUUUUUUUUUAAUAGAAUUAAGCUGUCAUUCCUUUAAUACCUUUAGAGUACCAAUUCUCUUGUAUUGUGAAAUGGUCAUGGUCUCUAAUUCUACUACAGUGACACCAACGUUGCUACUUAAGAAGCUUUUAGAGUCUGAAACUUCAGAAAAUGAGAACCUUAUUGAGAUCUUGGGACUCAUAAAACCAACUAAAGGUUCGAGUUCCACCCUCACUUCAAUUAUCCGUGGACUCUUCACAAAGAACACCAAACUCUUGGCUCUCUUGAAUGAAGCAGUUUCCAAAUUGGAUGGCAAUGGGAGCAACGAGAAGGAAGUAUUCAAACAAUUCAUGAAUGGAUUCAUCCUUUGGUUCGAAGGUAACGGUCUUGUUAUGUUUGAAAAAUAUCUUGAACAAUUAAACCAACUGCUGUCUGAAUUGGCUUCAUGGUCUCAAUCGGUUUCUUCGGCAACUUUUGCUAAACCAAUUCUCCAAUGUGACGCGUACAUUCAAUUCAUACAAAAAAGUGGAUCUAUAGUACGGAAUCCAUUCGUACUUGAAAAGCUCAUUGCGAUUGAAAGAAGUCUCAAGGACGUGUCACGGAAAUACGCGUCUUACACUCAAUUACAUUCGCUCAAUAACAUUAGCUUUGAUGAUGUGAAACUAGUUGGUCCACGUGCCCCCAACAGUCCUCAAUAUAUUUGUCUGGUCAAGGGAAAUUUUGAAAAAGUUUCUUCUUAUUUCAAACCACUGCAAAUUACUGAAAGAUCCACUAAUGAGACAAUCUUUUUGACUGAAAACCCAACCAAUAAAAGGAUUGGUACAACUAGAUUGAAAACUGCCCAACCAGUGGAACUAGUUUUUCUUAAUUUGGAUGACACGGGAUAUUUUGAUGCAUUAGCCAUCUUGUCUAGACCUUCAUUGAAUUCCACUGUUCCACGGUCUUUAUUGUAUCCACCAUUUAGAGUCAAUGAACUUUCCAUGUCUUAUGACAAAAAAACUGAUCAAAUCACUCUUGAUGUCAUAGAUUUCGCUCAACAAACUCAAUCACAUUCCGUCACUUCUUCUACUCAAAUAAAGACCUUACAAUUAAGUGGUGAUGGUUCAGCACUUGCUAAAUGGUUUGAAAAACUUACGAGCAUUUUCCCAAGUACUGGUGAAGAAUCAUCUCCAAUUUUGAUUGAAUCUAAAAAUUUGAGCCUGUCUGGCCUUGGUAUCAAUAUAUUAUCUGAAGUGUAUUCAGAGCCAUUAGAUGCACCUCCUACACAGGCAAAGCCACCAUUCAGGGAAUUGAUCGAUGCUCCAACGAUAUCUCCUUUAUCUCAAUUGCAACAUCAAUUUGAGCUGAGACCAACUACUCCUCAAAAGGAGAAGUUCUCAGAGGGUUUACAACCACCAGCUAUGAUUCAUUCAAGUCUGUCUAGAAAGUCGUCUGUUGAAUCAAUUCAAUUAAGAAAGGGCUCAAUUCCUUCAGUGUCCCACUCUUCUAGAAAAUCUUCGUUCAAUGAGAGUUCUAGUAUCCCCCAAGAACCAAAAACUAAGCUGGUGAGAAUGCCUAGUGUCCUCUACGUUCCUAGUUCUAAGCCUGGCUCGAUCUCUUCAGACUCGUCUGAUGACUACGAUCAUUUGAUGAAUGUGGUAAAUAAAAGUCUUGCAAAUUCCAAGGCGCAAACGUCUUUUUCAUCUUCAUCAUCUUCUGCUUCAGAGGAUAAUAAUUCUUCCCAUGUGAAACACAUAAAACGUAAUACUCUUGAUUUGGACUACCUCUCGGUUGGCCGUCAUGAUGAAGAUAGACCUCGUUCAUACCAGGCUGAAGUCCUUGAACAGACACCGGUGUCCGUCCAUAACUUGGCCAUGGAUCAAUUAGAUAUUGAUUCUCCAAAACAAGGUACUCAACUUUCGGAAGCUUUCAAACCAGCACAUCAAGAAAAGUUUGCAUCAGCUCCAAAUUUAAUCCAUCAAGAUGAUUCGGUUGCUGAUACAACAAAUUCAGAAGAUUCUAGUAAGAAAAUGUAUCAAUUGGGAGCUCUGUCUGCCAUCGAUAUUACCAACUUUGGUAAAGGACAUAACCCUUCAUUCAGUGUACAUCGUGGCUUAUCUGACUUGGUUGAUGCGCCUGUUGUUAAGGAAAAGAAGUCAUUUUUCGGAUUAUUCAAAAAGAAACAAAAGGGUAAGAACUUGGUUAUUGAUGCCACUCUUCGUGCUGAAGAUAAUGGAUUACAAUCUGCAACUUCAAUGUAUUCGGAUGAGAUUUCAGGUGCCUCAAUGGGUAAAACAACUGCUUCUACUACCACUGUAGACGCCACAAAAUCGAAACUACCUGCUCCAUUUGCCUUGCCUCAAUCAACUUCAAUGCAAUUCUUCCAACAUCCUUCAGACUCCACCAUAUCUCUCAAUAAAGAGGAAACUCCAUUAAGCAUCCCUCAAGAAUUGAAAAAUAUAAUUAAUGAUGAUGAAUCCAUUGAUUUUUACAUUUCUCCUUCUUCACCAAAAGCUAUGAAGGUUUCUAAAUGGAAGGCCAAGUAUGGUAAGUGGGAAAUGCUUACGCUGAAUGAAAAUGUCUUUAUGAAAAUUGUUGCAAACUAUACUUUGAACAAAUGUUGGUUGAUAGUCUUCAAAGAGGAAGAGGAUAGGGAAAUUGGUGAAAUAGUAGAUAAGCCAAUUUUACUUCUCAGUCUUUUAGGUGGUGUUACUACAACUCUGGUUUCCGCAUUAGAUUUCCAAAUUACUUCUAUUAACGCUGUAACUGAAGAAACUAUGAAUGUGAUCUUCAGAUGUGCAUCUGGUGGGUUAUUAAACUCCAUUGCCAGUAACGUUGAUAACAUCAUGGGGGUGUUGGGUUUUAAUAAUAAUAAGACCAGUAGAAUACAACUGCCAGUCUCGAGCCACGGCAAUGCAAAUGGUUCCAAGAGCUACUUGUCGAGUAGUACCAUCACCUCAUCACUUAUGGAUAACAGUUUGGUGAAUAAUUCAUCCACCUAUUCAAGUAUUAGCUCUCAUAUGUAUUCGCCUGCUGAUGUUAGAAGUAUGAGAAACAAUAAGAAUCCAUCCACAACUGUGUCUCCAGCCGGUUCUUCAUUCCCCAAACCAAGUAACUCGCUCUAUGCAUUGGAUGCUAUAGAAUAUGAUGACUCUAACAUUCUUAAUAAUCCAGACAACACUAAAUUAUUACUAUUGAAUAACAUGAAGAUUAGGUUACAAAAAAAUAUGGAAGACUACUCUCAGAUUCAUAAUCCAUCUUCAUGGAAAAUCCUUUCGAUGAAUAACCUUAGUGUAUACAUGGUUACAGAGAAUUUAACUGGUGCAACAUAUUACAAUCUUGCAAUUGAAGGAUCAGAAAAUUACAAUUGGCUCAUCAACUCUGAAGAAAAAUUCAAUGUAAUAGAAAAGAUUGGAAAAGCAGGUAUGGUGUUGAAACUUGGAGAGGGAGAGAUAUUCUUAAUUGAAUGUAAGGGUAAGAAAGAGUUCAGCACCUUGUUUGAAUUGUUCUAAAUCUAUACUCGAUCUCCCCUAAUAUUAGCAAAGCAAAGGUGUAAUUCGUCACUCUAUUUGUGCGCCACUAAAAAUUAAUUUCACAAACAAAAACAAAUAUACAUAUAUAGCCACAUAGAUACCUUCGUAAUAAA